CAAGCAUGGCGGAUUUUGGAAAAGACAAAAAGAAAAAGAAUCCGGCCAACCUGCUUGAGGUGCCGAAGGAUUGGAAGCCUGAACCUUUCAAGAAGGACGACAACCCACAUGGCAUGAUCACUGAGAGUUCAUUUGCUCUGCUCUUCCCCAAGUACAGAGAGUCCUAUCUGAGAGAAUGCUGGCCGCUGGUUAAGAAGGCCUUUGGCGAUUAUAAUUUGAAAGCUGAACUUGAUGUAGUUGAAGGCAGCAUGACCGUGGCGACAACCAGAAAGACGUGGGAUCCAUACAUCAUAGUCAAGGCUAGAGAUCUUCUAAAACUCCUUGCAAGAUCUGUGCCAUAUGAACAAGCAGUACGAGUGUUAGAAGAUGACAUAGCAAGUGACAUCAUCAAGAUCAGCUCGUAUGUUAGAAAUACAGAGAGAUUUGUAAAACGCCGGCAGAGGUUAAUAGGUCCUGGUGGUUCGACUUUAAAGGCUAUAGAGCUGCUGACUGGUUGUUAUGUCCUGGUCCAGGGUAACACUGUGUCAACAUUGGGGCCUUACAGAGGACUGAAAGAGGUUCGAAGAAUAGUUGAAGACUGUAUGAAGAACAUACAUCCCAUUUACAACAUAAAAACACUCAUGAUUAAAAAAGAACUUGCAAAAGAUGAGAAUUUAAAAAAUGAAUCCUGGGACAGAUUUUUACCAAAAUUCAAAUCAAAGAAUAUCAACAAACGAAAACAACCAAGAAAGAAACGCAUCAAGAAGGAGUACACACCUUUCCCACCUCCUCAGAUGGAGAGCAAGGUUGAUAAAGAGCUCGCAAGCGGUGAAUAUUUCCUGAAGGAAAGUGAACGAAGGUCCAAGAAAUUGGCCGAGAAAAAGGAGAAGGAAAAGCUAGGAGUUGAGAAGAGCCAGGCGAAACGUGCCCAGUCAUACAUUCCACCGGAAGAGAAGAUUGCAAAGAAAAAGAAGCCAUCUACAGACUCGUCUGUCGAUAUCGAAGCACUGAAGAAGAAAGUCAAGAAGUCUCAGAAACGUAAAUCUCUUAGUUCUUUGCCUGAACCAUCUCAGUCAGCGAAGAAGUCAAAGGCAAAGUAGGACUGAAAUGUUAAAAGGGUUAUUUAUCCCCACUCAUUCUAAUAGUCUGCAAAAGUGUGUUUCUGUGGGCUGUGAUAAUGUACCAAACUACACCCUGAUCCUUCAACAGAAGACUUUGCUGAGCACAGUGACCAUUGUGUUAAUGGAAAGAAAGAACAAAUCAUUCUCAUCAUUGCUGUACUGCACGAAAAGAGAUCCUCUGAUGUUUCAUAAUAAUUUCCAUUUGUCCCAGGUUGCUCUUUUGAGGACAAAGUCACAGCCAGAAUGCAGGGAUAAGUUCACUUUAAGGCUUUUAUGCAUUUAUGUGUAUUGUAUUCGUAGUUUCUGCAAUCAAUCUCUAUUGCCAGAAUAGUAAUCCAGUAUAUCAAGUGAAAAACCAAGCAACAAAUCUUUGUUUAGAAAUAUAGACUUUAUUAAAUAGCAAGAAUAAGAAAUUACUGGUACUUGUGAUAAUCAUUUGAACUAUGAAUGUAUUUGUUGAUAUUGUAAAUAAAC